AUGGCGACGAACGGCGUGGACGUGGCCUGUGUGGCGCCGUUCGUGGCCAAGACGUACCGCAUGGUGGACGACGCGGCGACCGACGCCGUGAUCGCGUGGGGCAGGGACAACAACAGCUUCGUCGUGCCCGACCCCUUCGUCUUCUCGCAGACGCUGCUGCCCGCGCACUUCAAGCACUCCAACUUCUCCAGCUUCGUGCGCCAGCUCAACACCUACGGCUUCCGGAAGGUGGAUCCGGACCGGUGGGAGUUCGCGCACGUGUCGUUCCUGCGCGGGCAGACGCACCUCCUCAGCCAGAUCGUCCGCCGGAGCAGCGGCGGUGGCAACGGCGGCAAGCGCAACAAGGAUGACGGCGGCUGCGCCGGAGGCGCCGGAAACGCCGUGGACGAGGACGACGCGCACGCGGUGGCCAUGGAGGUGGUCCGGCUGCGGCGGGAGCAGCGGGCCACCGAGGGGCAGGUGGCCGCGAUGUGGCGCCGCGUGCAGGAGACGGAGCGCCGGCCCAAGCAGAUGCUCGCGUUCCUCAUCAAGGUCGCGGGCGACCCGCAGGUGCUGCGCCGCCUCGUCUCCGGCACUGCUGGGGCUGGCGGCGCCGGGAGCGACGCCGCCGGGUUCGCCGCCGCGGAGCCGGACGACGGAGCGAACAUCAAGAGGGCGCGGAUGCUCCUUGAUGCCGGUGGCAGCGGCGGCGGCAGCGACGGCGCCGUCGACUUCGGCGGGUUCUAUAGCACCGGCGCAGGCGAAGACGACGUCGGGUUCUGCGGCGAUUACCUGCAGCCACCGCCGUGCGUGUUCCCCGUCAACAGCGGCUACUGA